GGUGGGUUGCCUCACACUUGGAGGGUAGGGCAUUGGGCACUUCCUUCUUUUAGAGAGAGAGAGAGAGAGAGAGAGAGAGAGAGAGAGGAGGUCCUAAUCAGAAAGGUUGAUGGAGCAACAGCUGAACCCAUUAGCUGUUACACAUCUCCUUCAACAGACUUUGAGAAGCUUGUGUAUUCAUGAAAACUCUCAAUGGGUUUAUGCUGUGUUCUGGAGGAUCUUGCCUCGAAAUUACCCACCACCAAAAUGGGAUGUGCCAGGAGGAGUUUAUGACAGAUCAAGAGGAAACAGGAGGAACUGGAUACUAGUUUGGGAAGAUGGGUUCUGCAAUUUUGCAGCUUCAACUGCCGAGAUUGAGUCCGGCGAUUCCCCAGGCUCAUCAGUAUAUGGGAACUAUGAAUUCCAACACCUCAAAGGCCUGCAACCUGAGCUUUUCUUCAAGAUGUCCCAUGAAAUCUACAACUAUGGAGAAGGUUUGAUUGGAAAAGUGGCCUCAGAUCACAGCCAUAAGUGGGUAUUCAAGGAGCAAAGUGAUCAAGAAACCAACUUCCUUUCUGCAUGGCAUAACCAAGGAGACUCAUAUCCAAGGACAUGGGAAGCUCAAUUUCAGUGUGGCAUUAAGACCAUUGCUUUGAUUGCAGUCAGAGAAGGUGUCGUUCAAUUAGGAUCACUUCACAAGGUGAUGGAAGACCUGAAUUAUGUUGUUCUACUGCGAAAGAAGUUCAGUUAUCUUGAGAGCAUUCCCGGUGUUCUCCUACCACAUCCAUCAUCUUCAACAGCAUUCCCCUUCAAGGUCGAGGGAUGCAGUUCUGCAGACUGGCCAGUCAAUCCAGCACUAGCUGCACCGGCAAUGACUGCAACGGAAUUUUACAAUCAGUACGGUCAGCCAAUAAAGAUCACUCCAUCCAUGAGCAGCCUUGAAGCACUUCUCUCAAAGCUCCCAUCAGUGGUGCCCUCACAAUCUCCAUCUUCAUCUGGAUACUGUGACACAACACCACAGCAGCUUCAUCUUCUAUCAUCACACCAGCCACCAUCCUCGUCCGGAUACUGUGAAUCAGCAUCGCAUCUUCUAUCAUCACAACAGCCAUUGGAAUUGAUGAUAGGAACAGAGAAGGUAGCCAAGGAAGAGAGAGAUGAGGAAUAUGGACAAGGGAGAGAGAUAAGUGAGGGUAGCAGUUCCAUGUCAUUGUAUCAUCACCAUUAUUCUAGUCAUAAUAGUUAUAACCAGCAACAACGUUACCAUCACCACAACCCAAACAAGGAACUUUAACUGAUUCCUGGAUUGUGUGGACAAGUUAGCCGUCCAUCUCUAACCUGUUGUUCUAAUUUUAGCCUCGUUGUGUUUCUUUUUAGCCAUCCUCAUGCUGAAGACUCUCUUACUACAUAGUGAACCUUAUGUCUCCUACCAAGUUUGUAUUCAGUGAACUCAUUCUGAUA